CUAUACAACACUAAACUAUACGACACUACAACAGAGGAAAAAGGAAGAAAAUCUAAGAAAUCUUUUAUCCGAGAGAAAGUGAAAGUGUAGUCCUCCAAAAUUUUCAAUUAAUACAUUUAAUUACUUUAAAAAAAAAUCAGAAAAAAUAACAUCAAAUUUAUUAUAAAGAGCUGCGUGAAACAAGGAAGGCCUAAUAUUUUUGUUGUCAAACAAUUUUUUCAGAAAUCGUAUAUUUCAAAAUUGAAAAAAAAGGAUUAGAGGAACAUUUAAUUUGAAAGUGUAAUAUAGAAAAAGUGAAAAAGACAAAUCAUGGCCAAUACCUACGAGGGUAAUGGCGACUACUCGACAGGACCACACAAUGGUGAUAACCAUGGUGGUGGUGGCGGUGUUGCUAGUGUAAAUGAACAGCAUCAUGGUGUUAGUUCCAGCAUGGGUCCCAUUGAUACAAAUUAUCUCAAUGAAAAGGCUAAUGAAUAUGUUCGAGACUGCCUUAAUGAAAAAUCACGAAUGGAUCGCAAAUUCCCCAUAGCCGAAAAGCUAUUGGAUGCAGAAAUUGAAAAGGUGCAAACAACUGGCCGUCUACCGUCUAAGGAACAAAAAUAUGCUGAUAUUUAUCGAGAAAAGCCGCUAAGAGUGUCGCAAAAGGUUUUGGUACCCAUCCGGGAACAUCCAAAGUUCAAUUUCGUUGGCAAAUUACUGGGACCCAAGGGCAACUCCUUGCGCCGCCUGCAGGAGGAAACAAUGUGUAAAAUGACCGUACUGGGACGUAAUUCAAUGCGUGAUCGUGUCAAAGAGGAAGAGCUUCGUAAAUCCAAGGAUCCCAAAUAUUCUCAUUUGAAUAGUGAUUUACAUGUUGAAAUCUCCACGGUGGCACCACCAGCCGAGGCAUAUGCUCGCAUUGCUUAUGCCAUGGCUGAAUUGCGUAAAUAUCUAAUACCGGAUAGUAAUGAUGUUAUACGUCAGGAACAAUUGCGUGAACUAAUGGAUAGUACUCACAUAACGGAGGAACAAAAAUCGACAGGCUAUAAGAAAAUCGUACCACAUACUCCUUCGGCUGGUGGUGGUGGUGGCGGCGGAAUAUUAACUGGUCCUGGCAGUGUUAUUACAUCAAAUCUAACAAAGAAUAUGGUACCAUAUAAUAAGUCUGGUGGCGGAGGAGGUGGAGGUGGUGGUCAAGGUGGGCCAAACAGUGUAGCCUCGGCCGCCUCGGCAUACAACAAAAACAAUACAGCACCAAAACAAAAGGUUAUGUCUAUAUUGGAAAAAGCCCGUUCGGCAAUGGAGGAGACAUAUGGACGCGGCUAUGAAGAUAACCAGGGUUUCGAUCAUUUACAACCAAGCUAUGAUGCCCCCUAUUCAUCAUAUCCCCAACAAGCACAGUCGGCACAUAAUCACAAUCCCCAUGUACCACAAACUCCUGGCAUGGCGAUGAAUCAUUUGAACACUGGACGGGGACCCUAUGAUACAACCAGCACUGAUUAUGAGACAAAUGAUUAUAGCAGACGUGGCGGCGGAGGAGGUGGUGGUGCAGGGGAUUACUAUCAAAAUCCCACAACAGCAUAUGGCGCAGCUGCUGGUAUCCAGCCAAAUAAUGGCGGCCUAAAUCCGAAUCAAACACAAAAUCGCAGUCACGUUAAUAGGUGAAAUUUAUUUGUAACAACAAACAACCACUUACAACAACAACAGAAAACACAACAGCAACAACAACAGCAGCAGCAGCAUACAAAUGCCAAUAACACUGUUAUUUCGAA